AUUUUCCAGAAGGUCGCUUCUUUACUUCGAGAGGAGUGCACUUUCUGGGUAGCCACCGAGGCUGCCACUGCCCCACUGGCUGAAAAUAAACUGUCCUAUUAUGAUCCUGACGAUCAACAAGAGCAAAAGUUUACUGGGAAUUUGCGAGAUUACGAAUUUUUCAAGCAAUGGGUGACUGACAAAUGCAUACCUCUAGUUCGUGACAGUAAACAUCUUAGAAACAUGAAAUUGAAGAGGCUAACCGCAGGAAGGAUUGCCAUUCUUGCCUCUUCUUCCGUGACUCUAGAAGAAAGACAGAUAAGAUUUUACGCGAACAAGGUGAUUCGUGAACUUGCUGAUCAACGCGCUUCGAUCAACCCUCUACUGGCUGACGGGCAUAAGUUCGCUCAUCCACUCAAGCACCUCGGAAAAACAAUGAAGGAUCUCCCGGUCCUCGCCAUCGACUCUUUCCAACACAUGUAUCUUUUCCCGGAUAUGUCUCAACUGACAGUUCCAGGAAAACUGCGAGAGUUCGUCAUGGAUCUUCACUCAGGGAAGCUACAUAAGGACUUCCAUGAGACUCUUGACCAGAAAAUGAUCGACCUAGCAAAAUUCAAAGCUGAAAAUGGAAUCACUGACGAAGAUUUGGACGAUAAUCGUGAAGCUGACGGAGGAAUGCCAUCGGCCAAGCCAGGAGACACAACACCACCGCCAUCAGUUUUCAAGCAGUUGAAGCCAAGUGAGAAACGAUACUCAUUACUUCAGAAGACAGAGUUAUAA